CUUCCACCGCCGAGUUUGGUUUCGGCGCGCUGGGGACUAUACAUGCACCAGCGGUGGUCGCUAAUUUAUCUACACUGUGCGUCUUCUGCGAGGAGCGGAAAGAAUUGCGUGCAGGACGUCUAAAGGCCUCAACUCUGCACAGCAGCAAAAUCUCUCCUUAGCGUGCGCGCCGUCGACGCGCAAGCAAUGGGUCUCGUCAAGACCUCCGCAGUGUUAGUCGCACUGUUCGCCGUCGGCGUCCAGUGGUUGGAUCAGUCCGGCCAGAGCGACGCGCUCGCGGGCGGAUUUUUCGCGAAGCCAGUCCACGCGGCGCGCCUGACGCGGUUCUACCUCCAGCACGCGCCGGACAAGGUCCACAGCGUCCCCGACGUCCUCGACCGCUACGCCGGCCGGGAACAGGAGCUCUACCGCAAGCUGGCUGCGAAAUACGAAGUUUCUCCGCAGUGGCGCGUCGACGCGCUGUCCGCCCUGCGGGCGGCGCUCGAGCUCGCGGCCCACCAGGCGUCGAUGACGUCGCCCUUCGCGGCCGAGGGGAUUCAGAGGCUGAAGAGCGAAUCGAAGGGCGCCAGAGCCUGGCGCGCCGGUCUUGUCAUCGCGGCGCUCGCGUUCCUGGCCGUGCCGCCGCCGGGGUCGCCGCGCGCGCGGCUGCGAGCGCUCUGCUACAUCGUACCGCUGGUCGCUGCUGCUUUCUACGGCCCGGCGCCGUCGGCAUUUUCCGUGAAGGCCGUGGCGGACGGCGUCGGCGACCUGAUGCGCCGCAACGACGCGACCGGAAGGCUGAGCCUCGUCGGCGCGGCGACGGCGUUUUGCGCUUGCCUCAGGCCUCGCGCCGCGCCGGUGCUCGCCUUGGGGGCCCUGGCCGCGCUCGCCGUCUCGAACCCGGCGCUCGAGGCCGGUAAAGUCGACGCCGGGCUCCUCGUCGACGCCGGCGUCGCGGCGAGCCGCGCGAGCGCCGCGUCGAUCCUCGCGGCGCAGCCGGGCCACCUCCGCCUCCACGACUUCUCGCUCGUGUCCGCGGUCGUGCACUCGCCCCAGGAGUCCUGGACGGGCCAGGUGCUCGCGGUGGGCGCCGCCGGCCGGUGGUACGCCCUGGGCACGAUGCGCACGGUGGGCGACAUGCUCGAGAUCCACGCCCACGCGUGCCCGCUGUACCUCGUGGCCGUGGGCCUGGCCUCCGUCGCGUGGGCGGCGCUGACGUACUUCGACGCGCCGCCGAGCGCGUUCGUCUGACCCGAGUACUAUGCCAGUCGAUGUGCCACGCUACAAUGGACGCGGGAUACUGCCUAUAGAUG